ACAUCGCCUGCGUCAGUACGGACGUUGUGCUGUACAACGCCACUCAACCCACCGUCAGAGCAUGCACAACUAGUGAAGAGUCAUGGAAUCAUUCAAAGCACUCCAGGACGACAUUUCCCAGGCUUUAGUCUCGACAACGCGGUCGGCUACUCGCAUUGCAGGCACAGACAUCGCUUUCCAGCGAUCACUCGAUCCAGAUGUUGCUGCAGCCCUCGAUGCGCAGAAUGAGCGCCUUCUCCAGCUUGCGCAACGCCUUCUUGAAAGCGCUGCCGCAAGCUCGGACGCCGUAGGUCCCAAGCUACCCGACGUCGAAUCCAUAGACGGCAACUGGAGGGCGGUCGUUGAUGUCAUCGACAGCUUGCUUGAGAAGGCGGACAUAAGUCUCGACGAAUACACGGGAGUUGUGAAGCGAUUGAGCCCCAGCGCGGAUCCGGCUGCCACAAAGCCACGACCCAACAUCGCCGAAAAGAAGCACCUCUCAAAGCCACAGCUCACGUUUGACCAUGUGCCAACGAAUGACGAAACUGGUCCCUUUCGCCCAUUGCUAGUCACAAAGCCCCAUGCAAAGAUACCACUUGAGGAAUGUUUGAAGACCUUCAAAGACAGCAAAGGCCGAGAACAGUACCCGCACCCAUACCAGACCGAAAUCGAAACCUACGAAUAUCCGCAAACUGUUUACCAACAUGCGGAACCAAAGCAAUACCAGCCAUUCGGGGAAACCACCGCUACAUUUGUUGACACGCCCGAGGCGGUCGACGACAUGUUGACUGAACUGAGAGAGGCGAAAGAAAUUGCUAUCGACCUGGAACAUCACGACAACCGCUCUUACAUUGGCAUGGUCUCUUUGAUGCAGAUCAGUACGCGCGACAAGGACUGGAUAGUGGAUACACUGAUGCCUUGGAGGCGGAAGCUGGAAUGUCUAAACGAAGUCUUCGCAGAUCCUAGCAUUCUGAAGGUUUUGCACGGAUCGUUCAUGGACGUCAUUUGGCUUCAACGCGAUCUUGGACUCUACCUGGUUGGUCUGUUCGACACAUACCAUGCUGCUCGAUCUCUAGGUUACCCGGGCGCAAGCCUAGCAUACCUGCUUGAGAGACAUGUCAGCUUCAAAGCGCAGAAGCAGUACCAGAUGGCGGACUGGCGAACACGACCACUCAGCCAGGAGCUCUUCGAUUACGCUCGCGCAGAUACCCACUUCUUACUGUAUAUCUACGACAAAAUGCGGAACGAGCUAGUUGAGAAGUCGGACUUCUCCGACGCUGAGAGGAACAAGGUGCAUGAUGUACAAGAAAAAUCGAAGGAGUACGCCCUGCAGCGGUACGAGCACCCAAUAUACGAUCGCGAGCUGGGUCUCGGACCUGUUGGCUGGCACAAGGUCGUCUCAAAAUCGCCUGUCACAUUCACGUCACAGCAGUUUGCUGUAUUUAGGGCAGUGCACGAGUGGCGCGACAGCUUAAGCCGGAAAAACGACGAGAGCACCUUCUUCAUCAUGCCAAACCACGCGUUGUUCAGUAUAGCUCGAAUGAUGCCCCUAGACAAGCCGGCACUCUUUACCGCCAUCCAGCACGUCUCGCACAUCGUUCGGGCUCACGCGGAUGAACUUAUAGGAGUUAUUACACGGGCGAAAGAGGAGGGCCUUGAGGGACCUGAGCUGAACGAUGUUCUUACCAAGAUCGCCGACAUGAAAGAAGCAGAGAAAGUAGCGAAGUACGCAUCUGAUCCUCCAAAAGCGACUGCACCCGUACCUGCUGCUAUACCUGCUGCACCGGCACCAUUACUCAGCGACGUUGCUGUACCAGCAACUAGAAUGUCGUCAUCAGAUUUCUGGGGCACAUUGUCGACUACACCAUCGACGUCUGAUCGCCAACGAAUUCUCGACAUCGCACUCGCCCUUCCAUUACCACCACUCACCGCGGAAAUAUUUGCCGAGGCCAACGCCAAGUCCGAGGCGAACACACCAAAAGAGAAGCCACAGUAUCUUACCAAGGAUGAAAGACCACAAGAGGACCAGAGAACCGACAUGUUCGUUGUGAAGCAGCUCGGCGGUAAGAAGAGGAAGCGGGCAGAAGCCUCAGGGCCCGAAGAUCAGGCCAAGCCCGCACUGGAUCCCAUGGUCAACAAUGAGAUUAUGCUCGAUGGCGAAAUCGAGGAAGACGACGAAGCAGCAGCGCGAUCAGCCCGCAAAGCAGCCCGCAAAGCCGAUAAAAAACAGAAGAAGCUGGAGGCGCAAGCUGCGGUGCUUGAAGCUACUGGUGAAGCUGCUUUUGACUACGCCAGCGCGCCCACGGUCCUGCAUGCCGCGGACGAGCAGGCAAAGAAGGACGCAAGGGACAGGAAGAAGGACAAGAAGGAGAAGAAAAAGAAGGGCUUCCAGGGCUUCGCAGGUCUUGCAGAUGCGCCGAAGGGGUUGCCGAGGGCACAGAAAGAAGUUGCUGGAAGGACUAAGACGUUCACGAAAUAGGGCGUGGACGAUUGGCAUUAGCUGGGCGUUCAUCGGCGCAUCAUCAGUCAUGCAUUGUUCUGUACAUAGUAUUGCAUCAUGAUACCUGGCUGCGGCGGUAUCAAUCGAGAAGUCAGCCUUAAUAGGGCAAUCAUUACCCAACGUCCAGUUGCCUUACGUGUAUAUGCAAAGACGCAUAGCUCUUAAGUAUUGUGAACCUAAU